AUGGCGAGGCGGAAUGGGUUCCGGUCAGCGAGGGAGGUGGAACACGGGCUGGAAGAUUGGGUGUACGCGAACUGGCAGCAGGCAUGUCGUAUAAUGGUAGAGGCCGACGAAGUACUGCAGGCUUGUAGCUUGGGGCGGCUCAAAGCUUGCACCUUGCAGCUUGGGAUGGCCGUCGAACCGCGGCGGAUUGCGGCGGGUGGUGCUCAAAGCUUGCACCUCUUGGCAGUUAUUUUUGGUGCUGGACUUGUAACUAGUUUAUCUCCUUGUACACUCAGUGUUCUACCGUUAACUCUAGGAUAUAUAGGUGCAUUUGGCUCAGGGAAAGGCCGAUCUGAGGUUGAUGGGAAUUCAAUUGCAUUUUCAUUAGGACUAGCAACAACCUUAGCUAUUCUUGGUGUUGCUGCUUCUUUUGCUGGAAAGGCUUAUGGUCAGGUAGGACAAGGGCCCCCAGUGGCUGCUUCUGGUUUGGCCAUCAUCAUGGGAUUUAAUCUUCUGGAGAUACUUGAAUUGCAUCUUCCCUCAUUUUUCAGCGAUUUUGACCCUCGAGCUGCUGCAGCUAACCUCCCUUCAGGUGUACAAGCAUACCUUGCUGGUCUUACAUUUGCAUUGGCAGCAUCACCUUGCAGCACACCUGUUCUUGCUACCCUUCUGGGAUAUGUUGCCACUUCAAGAGACCCAAUUAUUGGAGGAAGCUUAUUGUUGACAUACACAACGGGCUAUGUUGCACCUCUUCUUAUUGCAGCUUCUUCUUUUUUUUACAACAUUAUUGCAGCUUCUUUUGCUGGAGCAUUGCAGUCUUUUGUUGUCAUUCAGAAGAUACUCGGCAUGGAUAAACCCAAUCAGUGGUGCAUUUCUACUUGGUGGAGGUGUUUAUACUCUACUGGACAGGGUGUUUCCAGCAAAAUCAAUGGCAAUGUAGACCAUUGUUGGACAAGAAUUGGUAGGCAACAGUCUGUCUGUCAUGCGAUAAAUUCAGAUGCGAACAAAGUUUAG